CAAGAGUCAAAACUAAUCAAAGGCACUUGCAUGUAGAGCGCUAUUGGCCUCCGAAGAGCUUGAGCCGGUUUUGGCCAGCCCGCUCUCCCUCUGUUUGGGAAAGUGGAAAUUCCUGAAGGCAUUUCACUUCAGGUUUCGUGUGGGGAUCUAAACAUGAAUGCAGAGGCUUUGGUGAACUCCAUCUUAGUUUCUUUACUUCUAAUUUUGCUCACAGCCCUUGAGGAAAGUUUACUGCAGUCACUGAGGCAGGUGGGUGGAGUAUGCAAGCUCUCCACCGAGUCCUCGCAGAGACGCUGCCAGACUUCCGAUGGCCUGAUCUGCAGCGGGAGGGGAGAGUGCGAGUGUGGGGUUUGCAUAUGCCAAGUCACUGACCCUGGGAAGUACUAUGGGCCACGGUGCGAAUGCCAUGACUGGGUCUGUGCAACAUUUGAUGGGAAGACCUGUAACGGUCAUGGCACAUGUGACUGCGGUAAGUGCAUAUGUGAUGAGGGCUGGUUUGGAGAGGCCUGUCAGUACCAGAAGAACUGCAAGCUCUCUAGCCGAAAGAGCAAAGACCUGUGCCGCAACGCUCAGGGAGUGGUGUGCUCCAACGCAGGAAAGUGUCACUGUGGCAGCUGCAUGUGCCACAACCCAGACGGCAAAGGCCUCAUCAGCGGCCGCCACUGCGAGUGUGACGACAGCCAGUGCCUGGACGAGGACUCGGGAGAGGUGUGUGGAGGCCAUGGAAAGUGUUACUGUGGAAACUGUUACUGCUCGGCCGGUUGGCAUGGAGAUAAAUGUGAAUUCCAGUGUGACAUCAGCCCAUGGGAAAGCAAGCGGAGAUGCACAUCUCCAGAUGGCAAGAUCUGCAGUAACAGAGGGACCUGUAUAUGUGGAGAAUGUACCUGCUAUGAUGUAGACCCAUCAGGCGACUGGGGUGACAUCCAUGGAGACACCUGCGAGUGCGACGAGAGGAGCUGCCAUGCAACAUAUGACAGAUACUCCGAUGAUUUCUGCUCUGGUCACGGUCAGUGUAACUGUGGGAGGUGUGACUGUAAAGAGGGAUGGACAGGCAAGAAGUGCGAGCAUCCUCUCUCCUGCUCCAUUUCUGCAGAGGCCAGUCUGAAGAAGUGCAGGGGAAGCUCCAACCUGCCAUGUUUUGGAAGAGGCUUGUGCUUGUGUGGCCAGUGCACAUGCCAUCCACCAGGAGACAGCCGCGUUCACGGCAAGAACUGUGAGUGUGAUGACCGGCAGUGUGAAGAUGUGCAUGGAGACAUCUGUGGUGGCCAUGGCUUUUGCUCCUGUGGCCGCUGUAUCUGUGGUGAUGGAUGGUUUGGGAAACACUGCCAGUUCCCCCGCAGCUGCAACAUGACUGACGCACAGAGCAAGAGCCUGUGUGAGACAGCCCAUGGCGUCAUGUGCUCUGGAAAAGGCUCUUGUCACUGCGGGAGGUGCAUCUGUUCACCACAGGAGUGGUACAUUUCUGGUGAUUUCUGCGAAUGUGACGACAGGGAGUGUGACCAGCAUGAUGGCUUGAUCUGUACAGGGAACGGCAUGUGCAACUGUGGAACCUGCGAGUGCUGGGACGGCUGGACGGGAAAUGCCUGUGAAAUCUGGGUGGGAGAGGAAUACUAGCACGGGCAGACACUUUCUAAAGACUGUUUUUAUGAAGACAGAAAAGGGCUGCUGCAACACGACCAUCCGUGGGCCUGUGAAUGUUAGGACAGAAGAGAAGCACUCUGACCCUGGGAUAUAUUUCUCCGCUUCACUUAUAUAACAGAAUUCAUUGUACCGGUUACAAAUUCUCUUUAUUAAAACAAUGUUGUUUUUUUCCUUUUCGUAUGCAAGUAAAACAGUUGUGGGAGCAAGAGACAUGUUGGUUUGUAGACACAAUAUCUUGUAAUCCUUUAUAUGUUUCUAAUACAGCUAUAUGUACGAAAAGUGUUUAUAGGAAUGCUUACAUAGUUUGCAGAGCGACACACAAGAAGAUGCACAUACAUGGGCAGGAUCCAAACAAUAAUAGACAAAGGAGAAUGUUUUACUAUUGACGUUAUAAUUGGUCAGAUUAUUGUCUGAGUGCAAUAACAUUUGACCCUGUUAUUUCUGACAAACUGUUUAGUCGUGAAUAUUUAAUGAUUUAGUGUCUAGAAACCAAAGUUAAAGCCU